AUGGCGGAUAAAGAGUUAGUAAGCCAUCAGCAGCAGUUUGUAGAAGAAAUUAAUUAUGAUGAGAUUGAAACCGAGCAGUAUAUUUACAGAGACUUAAAACCACCAAAUCUAUUGUUGGUAAUGGGUGGACAAACUCUUAAAAUUUGUGAUUUUGGUACUGCUUGUGAUUUAAAUACUUAUAUGACUAACAACAAAGGUUCUGCUGCUUGGAUGGCUCCAGAAGUAUUUGAGGGUUCCAGAUAUACAGAAAAAUGUGAUGUAUUUAGUUGGGGUGUUAUUUUGUGGGAAAUAUUAUCAAGGAAAAAACCAUUUGAUGAAAUUGGUGGUUCAGCUUAUAGAAUAAUGUGGGCAGUACAUAUAGGACAAAGACCUCCUUUAAUUGAAGAUUGUCCAAAACCUCUUGAGGAUCUUAUGACUAGAUGUUGGCAUAAAUCUCCUGAAGAAAGACCAUCAAUGGACGAAGUUGUAAAAAUAAUGACGACUUUAUCGCAAUUUUUUAAUGAACAUUUGGAACCUGUGGAAUAUUCUCGAAAUAUUGAAUCAGAGAAAGUUAAUGAAAAUCAUGUUUCUAAAGAUGAUACUUUAGAUGUAACUGAUAGUAUGGAUUCUGAAAUAAAUGGAUAUGCUGCCAAUGGUACUAUUAAAAUUAAUGUACCUGUUUCCAAAGAAAAUUCAGAAAUUUUAAAUGGAAGAAAUAGUUCAUCGAAUUCUUUCUGCAAUUUCAAGGAUUCAUCUCCUAAAAAUAAUAUUUCAUCAAGUAUUGUAUCCAACAAAAAAUUCCAAAUCAAAGAUUUUCCACAACUUUAUGUUGAAUGCGAUCCGAAUACUUGGGAAUUGCCAAAUUCGGACCCUUCAUUGGAAUCUUCUAUUCUGAAAAUAAAGAAUACUACUCAAAGUAAUAGUACUACUGAUAAAGAUUUAGAUAAUGUUUACCGACUCUUGGAUGCGGAUUUGAGACCAUUGACACCUGAUCAAACUUGCGAAAGAUCAAAAGAAAUUUUUGAGGAACACAAACAACUUGCACAAGAAUAUUUGAAAGUUCAAACGGAAAUAGCGCUCUUGGGUCAACAUAAAAAUGAAAUGCUUAAAAAUUUGACGAUAGAUAGUUUAAGACAGCAAGAAGAACUUAGAAAACUAGAAGAUGAAAAGGAAUCUCUAAUAAAGCUAUAUCGAAAUUUGAAACGACAGUUAGAAAUCAUGAAAAAUCAAAGAAUGAACAAUGUCCUUUUGAGCAAUGCUCAAAUGGAUCCAACAGUUUCUGGAAAUAAUGGUUGGUUUGUGGUACCUUGUCAAAAUCCUUCAAGACACUCUUGAAUAUUCAAAUUGGAUAAAUGCAAACAUCAUAUUUUUUCCUCAUCAAAUCACAAUUUUCUCAUAACAUUCUUUUUUUUUAUAGCAGAUGAAAUAUAAAUAAUAUUGAUUUUUUCAUAAAUACAAAAAACAUGAGAAUUCUUUAACUUUGUCUUCUUUAGGCUUUGUAUAUACGAAAAUUUAAAAAUUAAUUAAGUGACGCAAUUUCUUA